ACUUUGGCUCUUGUCGAUAGUGCUGCUAUAAACAUGGGGGUGCCUGUGCCCCUUCGAAACAGCACACCUGUAUCCCUUGGAUAAAUGCAUAGUAGUGCACCUGCUGGGUUGUAGGGUAGUUCUAUUUUUAGUUUUUUGAGGAACCUCCAUACUAUUUUCCAGAGUGGCUGCACCAGUUUGCAUUCCCACCAGCAGUGCCAAAGAGAUCUUCUUUCUCCGUAUCCUCGCCAACAUCUGUCGUUGCCUGAGUUGUUAAUGUUAGCCACUCUGACACCCCUUCUCUCUCUUUCUUUAAUUGAAAUACAGUUGACACAAUGUUACAACAGUUUCAGGCCUACAAUAUGUGAUUUGACAAGACUACGCAUGAUUCUGUGCUCCCCACACAUAUAGCCGCCAUCAUCCCUGUGCACCACUAUCACAGCACCAUUGACUACGUCCCCUAUGCUGUGCCUUUCAUCCCCAUGAAUGAUUCAUCCCAUAGCUGGAAGCCCGUGUCUCCCAGACAUGCUUUUUGAAUGCCUGAAUGUACGAUGCAAACUGAAUGAGCGGGGUCUGUGUAUCUUCUACUCAUCUUUUCUUACUCCAAGCUGAGUAGAGUCUAAAAACAUUUGCUGAAUGAAGAAACGAGUUUGAGGACUACUGGUUAACUGUGAUGUGUCCUUUACUUCUUUUUUCUCUCAUUCCAGUUGAAUAGAUAGACCAUUCACAUCUCUUAUUCUUCCCUAAUGUUUGGCUUUAAAUUGUACAAUAAAGCACUGCUCUCCAUGGGCUGUUUUUCCAGCACUCCUGAUAUUUUGAGCAAUAACCACAUUACAAGAGCUAUAGAUAAAAGAACUUCUUUUUUUGCAACCACGUAGCACUUUUUUUGUUUGUUUGUUUUUGUUUUUAGGAAAAGUGAGAUGCUUCUGGACAUUUGAAUUCCUGAACAAGAGAAAACUCAAAUUGUGGCUCAUUUUAUAAACUCCAGUUAGGAUUUUUAGAUUGAAAUGAGUAUCUUUUCAGGGAACACACUUCAGAAAACCGUAAUAACAGGAAACAGAACUCAGUGUCACAUUCUCCGAGUGCCUAGAUGACUGUCUUGGGAACCUGUUCAGGCAGAUCUGCGGAUUGUAUUAAUUCUUUCAUGCCUCUGGGAGAGUGAGUUAUUGUUUCAGAGUACGGGCUGUGAAACGAUCUGCUCCAGAACUAAUAGAGCUAAGUUGCAUUUUUAUUUCUUCCUACAUCAGGAAGAGGGAUUUCAUUUCUACGUACACGUGACCCUGGAGUUCCUAGGACGCUCCCUUCCGAAGACAGCCAUGUGUUUGGCCUGUGCAAACAGUGACAGUAACGGAGGCUUUGCACACGCAAGCGUUCAUUACCGAGAUGAUAGGCUUUUCUAUGGGGCGUGUUUCAUAGACCACAUCUUAAAGGAAAACGACAGCAAUCACCUCACAGACUUGUACCGAAGAGACGAGACCAUCCAGGUGACAGGAAACGGCCAUGUGCAGAGCCCUCGCUUCCCCAACAGCUACCCCAGGAACCUGCUUCUGACGUGGCGCCUCCGUUCCCAGGAGAAAACAAGAAUACAGCUGGCCUUUGACAGUCAGUUCGGAUUAGAGGAGGCGGAAAAUGAUAUCUGCAGGUAUGAUUUUGUGGAAGUUGAAGAUGUAUCUGAGACCAGUACCGUAAUUAGAGGGCGGUGGUGUGGACACAAAGACGCUCCCCCCAGAAUAACAUCAAGAACAAACCAAAUUAAAAUUACUUUCAAGUCUGAUGACUACUUCGUGGCUAAACCUGGAUUCAAGAUCUAUUAUUCUUUUGUGGAAGAUUUCCAACCCGCAGCAGCCUCAGAGACCAACUGGGAGUCCGUCACUAGCUCUAUCUCCGGGGUAUCCUAUCACUCUCCAUCAGUAACGGACCCCACAAUCACUGCGGAUGCUCUGGACAAAACAGUCGCAGAAUUCGAUACCGUGGAGGACCUGCUGAAGCACUUCAAUCCAGAAUCGUGGCGAGAAGACCUUGAGAAUCUCUACUUGGAAACCCCCCAUUAUCGAGGGAGGUCCUACCAUGACAGGAAGUCAAAAGUUGACCUGGACAGGCUCAAUGACGAGGUCAAGCGCUACAGCUGCACCCCCAGGAAUUACUCCGUCAACUUACGAGAGGAGCUGAAGCUGACCAACGUGGUUUUCUUUCCACGCUGCCUCCUCGUGCAGCGCUGUGGCGGUAACUGUGGCUGUGGGACCGUCAGCUGGAAGUCCUGCUCCUGCAAUUCAGGGAAAACUGUGAAGAAGUAUCAUGAGGUGUUACAGUUCGAGCCUGGCCAUUUCAGGAGGAGGGCCAGAGCCAAGCACAUGGCUCUCGUCGACAUCCAGCUGGAUCACCACGAGCGCUGCGACUGCGUCUGCAGCUCAAGACCGCCGCGAUAGGAGAAAGUGUGCCAAAUCCCCUCGCGCGUGAGGGAACCUUUCGUGUCGGGGGGCGGGGGGUUGUGAGAGGCCCUGUUCCACCAGCAGCCGCACUUAGGACCGGCCUGUAGAGCCGUGAGAGCCGGUGGGUGCUGAACCACCGCCUGGCUCGCUCAGCCACAGCAGGUGGAAAGGCCCCUCGUCAGCUUCUGUCCCCCAGAACACAGGAUGGCGUGUAAUGAUCGUGUCAGAGAGCGUGCACGUGCAUACAUACGUGUGUACGCUGUCCGUGUCUACGUGUAAAUACAUCAGCUGGUUUCUUCCGUGUACCCCAGAGCUUACGUAUGCUGCAGGUCUAUAGACCCUUAAAAUCUUUUGACGCGUUGAGGGACAAAUUAAACACGUGAAAUGCGUCCUUGGAAGAUUCAGAAGAUUACUUUGUUUACUUCUAAAUUUGAAUCACAAAACAGUUUUGGAUCUUGGUCUCUUAAAGAAAGCGCUGUGUAUACUAAAAAACCAAUAAAUGGGCUUUUCUUAUAGAUACAUCCUAAUUAUAAAAAAAAAGAAGAAGAAAAAGAAGGAGAAGAAGAAGAAGGAAAAAUACGGUUUCUGGGAAAAAGGCAGAGACCUGACCAUUUUUCCCGAGGGACGCACUACACGCUUACCUAUGUAGGCAGUAAUUACCUGUCUGCAGAAGCAUGCGGUAAUAAUAUAGAUGCCUUAGAAAUUAAGUCAUUAAGUCUUCUUUUUAUGCAUCCUGCUGAGGCAUGCAAAUUCAUUUAACACCUGUCGCAAAAAAAUCUCUCAGAAGGUUUAUUAUUAUAAUCCUUCCAGAGACCAUUUAUCAACUGUCGCAGAACUUUGAACGCUUUCUUUCUGAAAGCCCGUCCACAGAAAUGACGCCUUUGGAGAAUGGCCUGGGGAGUCCGUAGGAGCCUUUCAAAAUGGUGUUCGUCGGAAGAUUUGGGUAGUUGAAAGCAAAAACGGUGAACACAGAAUUACUAACAUAACUGGAGAUUGGAUGGAAUAUUUAAUUGGCUCCCUGUUUAAUAAUGGAUCCAAACUCUCCGGGUUAGGCCAAUUCGUUUUAUGUAUCUUGCUUUUCUGUUCCUGUCUCUCUGAUACACAAAUAUGGGUUUACGGUGGCGUUUUAUAUCUGGCAAACGUCCCGAAUUUUUUACGGCCUGAAAGCUUUCACGUAUCAGAACAACCCAAUUUUGUUGACGUAAAUUCCCGAUCACAUCCUCACUCCCCAGUCUGAAUUCUGGCUUCCGGACUAAGCGAAGUCAGAUCUGGGGGCUCUGGUUCUUGCCACAUCUGUGGAGCUGUGUUGUGAGAAGCCACCUGCAAAUCACAGGCCCACGAACGUGGCCUUGCUCCACCAGGGUUUCCUUCCUGGGGUUUCGAGUCAUUUUCCCUCCCCGGCUCCUCAAUGUCUGUUUUCAAGGAGACUGAAUCCACAGAGUAGUGAGUGACUCCUCGUUCUCCAAAGCAAGACUCUUGGGAGAACGCACUGGACUCCAGAGAGCCGUGGGGCUGUUCCGAGAGGGCUCCGUUUCUGCCUUGAAUCAAGAGCUGAUUUCUUCUGUGAGUCUGGGGCCCUGUGUGCUAACACCGUUUGCGUGAGGGCUGUGUGACAGGCUGGGUUAGCGCUGGGGUCAGGCGAGUGGCCUAAAUAUACUUGUACUUCUGAGCCUGGACCAGGUUCUCACGUCUCCUUAGUGGUAACUUCAUCUUUUCUCAGCCCUUUGAGAGGGAAGGCUCAUGGCAGGUGCACCUUGAAAACGUCCCUAGAAACCUCCACUGUUUGUACCGCGACGGUGGAGUGGGAAGAUCGCUGUAUUGGUCACUUGUCCAGAAUCCCAGACACGAUCACAAAUGGCCGAGGCAGGCGCACUCGUAGUGAGGAGCUGUGUCCCCAUCACGGCCACUGGCAGGUUGCCCCAUGAAGACGUUGGCCUGUGCACCCCAACUCAAAGUGGGUGCACGUGGCAUCAUCUUGGGCAGCUCCCAUCGUAGCUGUAAGUAGGAAAAAUCAGUGUUCUACCCAAUUUUUAAUAAACCUUCCAGGCUGCAUCAACCGGGUCGGUUUCCAGUUAAAGCCCUGUCUGCACUUUUUAUUUAUUGGCUGAAAUGCAAGCAGUCGUAUUCACUCACGUUUCUUUCCUCUUUCCUGAGUGUUUUAUUAAGACGUCUCCCUCGGUUAUCUGUUAUCUCUUGCGUUUCCAACACGGAGCAGAUAAAUGUUUCAUUGCCAUCAAAGGAAUAAAAAGCUCGCCGUACAAAUUACAUUUCAAAACAAACCCUAAUAAAUCCGCAUUUCUGCGUGGUUCACUCA